AUGUCUCCAUUCUUUGUCGUAUUUCACUCUCCACUUGACUUGGAGGUUGACAUUUCAUCAAAGGAAUAUCCUUUGGAUUCUCUGCAUCUGCUCAAGUUUUGUAGAAAUAUUCCUGGUACCACUUACCUUGGAGUUCCGCUCAAACCAUUGCGAAGUACGAGGCGGACAGUGCAAGAUGCUCAAAGUGCCUUGGACCGAGUGAGAACCAAAUGGACAAGACGUCUGUCAAACGAGCCUUUCCCGGAAAAAUUGGAUAAUUACAUGGACUCUCAAUACUACGGAGAAAUUACAAUCGGUACCCCUCCGCAACCAUUCAAAGUCGUCUUUGAUACGGGUUCGUCUAAUUUGUGGGUUCCGUCCAAAAGAUGUAGCUUUUGGAACGAAGCCUGCAGAACUCACCAAAAAUACGACAGUGAGAGAUCCUCAACCUACAGAGCCAAUGGACAACCGUUUUCAAUUCAGUAUGGUACGGGAUCAGUGUCCGGAGUUUUGAGUACGGAUGUGGUGACGGUUUCUUCCGCAAAGGUUCAAGAUCAAACUUUUGGUGAGGCUAUUAACGAGCCGGGCUCGGUGUUUGUGGCGGCCAAGUUUGAUGGCAUCCUUGGCUUGGCAUUUCAGUCAAUAGCGGUUGAUAAUGUUGUUCCAGUAUUCGAUAACAUGAUUUCCCAAGGUUUGGUUGACAAGCAAUUGUUUUCUGUUUGGCUGGAUUGCGGCGACGUCCAAGACAUUGGUGGAGAAAUCAUGUUUGGAGGAGUAGAUAAGGGACGUUACACGGGCGACAUGUUCUUUGUUCCAUUGAGUGCGGAAACAUACUGGCAGAUUGACAUGGCCGGCAUUCAAUUAACUAGUCUGACCCUGUGUGCCCAGGGCUGUCAGGCCAUUGUCGAUACAGGAACGUCAUUGAUUGUCGGCCCCACUGAUGAUGUCAAGCAACUCAACGACGCAAUUGGAGCUGUUCCAAUAGAGGGCGGACUGAACUUGCUAGACUGUCUACAAAUACAUACGUUGCCACCAAUAGAGUUCUCAAUCAAUGGAGAAAAACUGACUUUGCAAGCGACAGAUUAUGUGCGUGAGAUGUCAUACUGGGGUCGGACUGUCUGUACCAGUGGAUUCAGUGGCAUGGAGGUUCCUGGUGUGCCCAUGUGGAUUCUGGGGGACGUGUUUAUUGGCGCAUAUUAUACGGUUUUUGAUAAGGAACAAAGUCGUGUUGGCUUUGCAAGGUCCACUUAG